CUGGAUACCUUUCCAUACGGACCAUCAAACGGUCUAUGGUUUACACCGUCAUCGUAUGUAACGAUGUGCGCAAUGGGUGGCGUCAUACGCACCUCACCUCAAGAAUCGAACGAGAAGAAAAUAAGCGGGAAGACGAACAGUUGAAGCCUGGAAACUCCUGUACUCUCACUCUCUCUCUUUCUCUCGCUUGCUGUCUCGCUUCAGCAUCGACGUGCACUUCUUUCUUCGUUUCCCUGUUAUCAGGCUUCUUCCUGCAACCAAAUUUCCCCGUUUGUAUUUUUUUUUUUUUUUUGUUAAAAAAAAUGUCAUUUUCUUUCGUCCCAAAUUCAAAAUCUAGGGUUUCGAUUGGCAUGGAGAUGGCACAAAAUGGGGCGGUUGCUUUGGUCCUUUGAAGAUGAAAAACAGUGAAGAUCAGAGCACUGAAGGAAGCAGUGAAAGAUUUCACAUUUUGCAGCCGCUUCGUGACCUUGAAUCUAAUUGGGCCGUUGAUCUUGCCAAGAACCUCGAAGAGUAUCUUUUGAAGAUCUGUUCUGGUGAGAUUACUAGCGAAGAUGAUGGCCAACUCUCUGUGAACUUCGCUGAAGCUGCUCUGGUGCUUCAAGGUUCUAUUCAGGUGUACAGCCGGAAAGUGGAAUAUCUGUAUUCAUUGGUUUUGCUUGCUUUGAAUUUCAUUUCUCAGAAUCGGCAUCAGGAUCAGCUGGAGAAUACUUCAGUCCAGCCUGACGGAGUUGAUUCCCAUACAGUUCCUGAUGAGGAGAAUGAAUUGUUUCUGGGUUUAGAUGAUGUGCAAGUGGAAGAUAAGAAUUGCCUCGAUGAUGAGCCUGGUAAUGAAAAUAAUGAAGUGUUGCAUCACUUUGUGAAGCCUCCUUCAAAUUUAGUUGUAUUAGAAGGCGAUUGUUUAGACGUGACUGGUGAUGCUGGGGAAUUAGAAUCUUAUCUGCUAGCCACCAGUGAUUUGUACCAAGAUUUUCUUCUGUUAGAUCCUUGUGAUGCUGUAGCAAUUAAUGAUUUUUUGAAAGGGGAUCAAGCUGGUAAACAACAAAAUAUCUCCAAUAGAGGCAGCUCUUUGAAGUCAAAGGGUCGGAAAAACUUUCUGUCUCCAACUAGACAAUCUGUCGGUGCAGCUCAUAAGUCAACUUUUGCACAAAGUCAGGAUUUAAAUAACAGCCAGAAUCCUGGGGUUGGCGGCAAUGCUGAAGUUAAUUUUGAUAAUGUUUGGCCAGAACCUCCUACUUGUAAUGCUUUUGAUGGUAAUAAUGAAAUGGAUGGUGGAUAUUCAGACCAUAUGGAUGUUCAGGAUGAUGACGAUGAUGAUCCAUGGAAGCCUUUGAAUCCCCAUGAGCCUGGAAAUUUGAAAAUAAAACCAUUUAAGAAAGUAAAAGUUGUCAGAAGGAAGGAGAUAAGCUCUACCAAGAUCUCUUUAACUGCACAAUUUCCUCUAGCAAGACUCAAUGGGACCAUAGAUUCAGAAUUUUCUGAAAUUUGGGAUGCACAAGUCCAUACUCAAGAAAGGUUACAUGGUUCUCAAUCCCCUCCACUUUAUGAGAAGCUACGACAAUCACUUGUUCUUGGAUGGCGAACUACCAAUGCUUUUAGUAGUCUUGAGGAUGAAGAUGAGGAUGACAAUCCUGAUAAACCAGAUUUUGAGGAAGCUGAUAUCAACAUUCCAGGGAUUACUCACAUGGAUCCAGAAAUCCCUUUAUGUGAUGAAGAGGGGGAUGACGCUGUUUGUUUUGAUAACAAUGAAACAUAUGGAGUGGAAGAAUCAAAUGGCCUUGAAGAUCUUUGCCGUGCACACCUGGAUGCUUUACUUGCUAGCAUUGCAGCAACUGAGCAGCAGACUGAAUUGGCUUCUAGGGUUUCCUCAUGGAAACAGAGAAUUGAGCAGAACUUGGAAGAGCAAAAUUCUCAUGCACCAUUUGAUAUUCAUGAAUAUGGUGGGAGAGUUAUGGAAAAACUAUCCUUGGAAGCAAAUGGUGUAGAUGGCAUGUCCUUCACGGACAUUGUGAGAGGCCAAGAAAAACAUGAUGUUGCUAGGACUUUCUCUGCACUUCUGCAACUGGUGAACAAUGGAGAUGUAGAUCUCGAUAGAAGUGACUAUGUUGGUGAGCCUGUAUGUUAUACAGCUAAAAAUCCUUUUAAUGUACGGGUUGUUGGUCAUGACAACAGAGGGGAGGUAGUGAAGCAUCAUUCCUUUAAAAAGAGGGCAAGGUCUCCUUUGAGAAAAGCUCAUGUCAAAAGAGAUGGAGGCAAACCAGCUGGAAAACAACAUCCGGAAUCCAGUUCAUCUGCUUUGGAAUUUACCUCUUCGGUAAAGUCUUUGGGACCAAAUGAAAAGUUCUCUGUAAAGCUUGAAAAGGUCAACAGGGUUAGAUGUACCCCUGAAGGAAAGAGAAGGCGAAAACCUCGGUUUUGAUUGUAACAGUUGACUUACAAUCUAUGCUGGGUAACAUGAAUUAAUUAUUCCUCAUAAUUCAGUUGGCUGUCACCCGAAAUCAGAGACUUGGAUAAAAUCACAUAUUGUACUGUAGUACAAGUAAUCAUUCAUAUUUGUGUGAAUGGUUGUCUUGAUGUUACUAAUGGUAUAGUCGCAACCUGUGUCUGUAUGUACUUUUCUAACUACAACUUAGAUGAUGCCCGGGGGGGGGGGGGGAAUUAAUUUGCACAAUGUACUGAUGAUGGAUUUGUAACGCUAUAUUUUAAUAAAUUCUCAAUUAUUCUUGUUUGGGUAAAUUA